AUGGCGUCGCCACAAGCGAAGCUGGCAGCAAGCCUGUUUCCUUCUCUCCUCGCUGCAGCCACCUCCCCGUCAAACGCAGCUUCUUCAAUCCACCAGAUCUUUGCCGUUCCGUCCAACUCUACCGAUAUUCCGUCCGGUCAUCAUGGAAAUACCGAGGGGGAUAUGCAUCAAUGGUCAUCGCUGAUCGGUAUAAUCACGGCUUUGUGCGGCAACGUCCUUAUCUCGUUGGCCCUCAAUAUCCAACGCUAUGCGCAUAUCCGAAUCGCAAGAGAAUUUGAGCAGGACAAGAGCCGCAAUGGGGCAAAUGGAAGCAACGGCACUCAUGGCGAACAAAGAGGCCGAUCUCCGGGACAUUACCGAGACUCCGAGGACGAGUUCGAACCUUAUCGAGAUGAUGGCGACCACACUGAAGGUCGCAACAGUAUCUCCAGCGCACGCGACAGCGAUUAUAGUUCCGGAGGUAGCAAAGAUGGGUCUGAAGGGAAUCGUAAAUCCUAUCUCAAGUCACCAUACUGGUGGGUCGGAAUCGUACUCAUGGUUGUGGGAGAGAUGGGAAACUUCAUGGCCUAUGGGUUCGCACCGGCGUCGAUUGUGUCGCCAUUGGGAGUUGUCGCCUUGAUAUCGAACUGCAUUAUUGCGCCGUGUCUGCUCAAGGAACAAUUCCGCAAGCGUGAUAUUUGGGGCGUGCUUAUUUCUGUUGCUGGAGCUGUCGUUGUUGUUCUCAGUGCUAAGUCGUCUGAAGAGCAGUUUGGACCCCAUGAAAUUUGGGUCAUGAUCACGCGCUGGGAGUUCGAGCUUUACCUCGGAUUGACCAUCUCUCUGAUUGUCGGUCUCAUGUGGGCGAGUCACCAAUAUGGCUCGCGAUCAAUUCUAAUUGAUGUCGGGCUCGUGGCACUAUUUGGCGGAUAUACGGCGCUUUCUACGAAGGGUGUCUCAUCUUUACUUUCUGGUACACUUUGGCAUGUUAUCACAUUCCCCGUGACAUACCUUCUUGUGUUUGUCCUAGUCUUCAGCGCUUUGAUGCAAGUUCGUUACAUCAAUCGUGCUCUUCAGAGAUUCGAUUCAACACAGGUAAUUCCAACACAGUUUGUCCUCUUCACCCUUGCUGUUAUCAUCGGAAGCGCGGUGCUUUAUCGUGACUUCGAGUCGAUUACAGCUAUUCGGGCCACAAAGUUUGUGGGUGGAUGUCUCUUGACCUUCCUUGGGGUCUACUUCAUCACAAGCGGCAGGGUGCGCGCCGAUAAUGAGUCUUCAUUCUCAUCUAAUGACGAAGAAGGAUCCAUUGGAUUAUUGAACGGAGAAAGAUACCAUGAUAGAAUUGAUCUAUCCCCACCUGGUCAUCAAAUGCCGAAAACAUCCCAUGUUUCCACGGAAGCACAUUUUGCUACAGUGCGAUCUCCUCCGGGGUCUUUGUUGAGCCAAGGAAUUGAAGGAGUCGACGAGGAACGUUCUACUCCCAGAGGCAUCCUUUCCGCUUCUCUCUCGUCACAUAAUGAGUCCUUGACCGCCGAGUCCCCGAAAUCCGGUCCCUCGUUUGAUUUCACCUCACCAUUGCGACCACCAUCCCGAAUGUCGAACCCGUGGGAAGAACUUUACGAUCAACCUGUUGUGACUUCCCACUCUGAUGAUCAGAUUUUCCGCCCUUCAACUCCAACGGAGCAGGGAACUGACGCGACCCAAUCGACAGUUCUUUUGCAAUUCCCUCCUGCGCCUGGCAUUGAGACAACACCAAUCUCAACCUCCAACGGCGACGUUGGUGUUGUGCGGCGUGCUUCAACCCCAACUGUGUUGACCCAGGCCACCCAAACCGGACAGACUGAUCCUGUCCUUGAAACGCCGUCGCGACGCGCACUGCGAAACUCCAUCUCGCAUCGUUUCUCCCCUGGGCCUCUUCUCCCCACACUAUCAGGUGGCUUUACUGCCGUGGUUGCGGACUCGAUUCGACGCGGUGACGGCAGUCCUCUCAAGGACCGCUCAAGGCGGAGACAGGGCCGUCGGCGUCAGCUUGAUGGUGCUUUCGUAGACCCAUCUAUCCCUACCGAUGGACUUAGCCUCGACACACCGCUCUCGCUUGCUACUGCUCGUCUCCAAUCCGCCACCCAUUUGGCCGACACUGCUGUGGAAGGUGGUCGUUCCACCCCGGCUCUUGCGACCGAAACCUACACCGCCCCAACACGAAUCCCCAACGAAGGUUCGAACCGACUCCGCAGUCUUAGUGACUCUUGGGGUGGUGGCCUUGCAUGGUUAGGUGGUGCACUCCGCAAAUCACAAAACAAGACCGUCGAGAGUGCCGUUGCCACGCAAGGAACGCCAACGCCAGAAAACGAAACACCGCCUGGCCCAAGCAACGAUUCACUUGGUCCUUCUGGUGCCGACACAGAUGAUCAGUGA